GUAUAGACAAAGUAAAAGGGCUGAAAGAGAGCUACAAACACAUGCAAAGGCAGUGAAAGCCCAAACCCCCUAAUCUACUCUCUUUCUUUAUUCAACACAACCUUUUCCUCCCUCAAAAUCUUUCCAGUCCCAUCGUCAUCUCCAUCUCCAUCUCCAUCUUCCACCACCACCAGCACCGCCAUUCAUUAUCACCAUGGCCCCACCUGUCCUCCUUUAUAUACAAAUACCACACACACAUAUAUGCAUGAUAUCUAAAUUUGCAAAUAUAAUAUGGUUUCAGCUCCCACCAGAAGCUUGCCGUGACCCUCUUCAAUGAGUACUAUCCCCUCCCCUGCCAUUAAAGCCCCCCACCACAGUCCCCCUCCUGCUCUCGCUGUGCUCACUCUCCUCCUCCUCCUUCACUUCCGCCGAAAAUGGCGCAAAUGAGAGCCUUGCUUCCUUCAAUCCUCAUUGUUCUCACCCUCACCGUCAUACCACUGGUUCUGUCUCGAAGCUUACCUAGCACCACCGCUCUUCUUGAUGUCACCUCUGCUCUCCGGCAGGCUCACAAUGUACUAUCCGUGGAACCAAGAACGACGCCGUUGACCCAGCAAGAAGAGACCCAACAACAACAUUCUUCUUCCUCCUCCCUCGUCCUCCAGCUACACCCGCGAGCUUCCCUUUUGAAGAAUAAGCCCCUGCAGCAGCCCGACUACAGAUCCCUCACACUUGCCCGGCUCGCCCGCGACUCCGUCCGGGUCGAUUCCCUAGUGGCCCGAUUGGAUCUUGCCCGGAACCGGAUCUCCAAGUCAGAUCUGAAGCCGGUCGACGUGGAGGUCGAGCGGCAGUAUGGCGCCAAAGGCCUCCAGGGUCCGGUGGUCUCCGGGACGAGUCAGGGCAGCGGCGAGUACUUUUCCAGCCUCGGGAUUGGCAGCCCGCCGAGCCAGGUCUACAUGGUGAUCGACACCGGCAGCGACGUCAACUGGGUGCAAUGCGCCCCCUGCGCCGACUGCUACCAGCAAACCGACCCCAUCUUCGAUCCGGUUUCCUCUUCGUCCUUCUCCCCUCUCUCCUGCGACACGAAGCAGUGCCGGUCCCUCGACCUGUCGGAGUGCCGGAACCGCACGUGCCUCUACGAGGUCUCCUACGGCGACGGCUCCUUCACCGUGGGGGAUUUCGUGACGGAGACCAUCACCCUCGGCUCGGCCAAGAUCGACAACUUGGCCAUCGGGUGCGGCCACAACAACCAGGGCCUCUUCGUCGGCGCCGCCGGGCUGCUGGGGCUCGGCGGCGGCUCGCUUUCCCUCCCCUCGCAGCUCAACGCCACGUCGUUUUCAUACUGCCUCGUGGACCGCGACUCCGACUCCGCCUCGACUCUCGAGUUCAACACCCCGCUGCCCCCUAACGUCGUCACCACGCCGUUAGUCCGGAACCCCCAGCUGGACACCUUCCUCUACGUUGCCCUGACGGGGAUCAGCGUGGGCGGGGACCGGCUGCCGCUGUCCGACUCGCUGUUCAGGCUCGACGGCAACGGGGACGGCGGGGUCAUUGUCGACUCGGGCACCGCCGUCACGCGACUCCAGACGGACGCCUACAACUCGCUGAGGGACGCGUUCGUGAGGGGGACGAGGGAGCUGCCGGCGGCGGAUGGGUUCGCGCUGUUCGACACGUGCUACAACCUGUCGUCGAAGGGCAGCGUGGAGGUGCCGACGGUGUCGUUUCACUUCGGGAAGGGGAAGGAGUUACCGUUGCCGGCUAAGAACUACAUGAUACCGGUUGACUCCAACGGUACGUUCUGCCUGGCGUUCGCGCCCACGUCCUCGGCGCUGUCGAUAAUUGGGAAUGUCCAGCAGCAGGGGACACGUGUCGGUUUCGAUCUCGCCAAUUCUGCCAUCGGAUUCGUCCCCAAUAAAUGCUAGGUUGACGUUUUUAACCCCCCUACUUUCCCCGUGAUCUCGUCUUUAGCCCCCAAGCCAAGCCAACGAGCAGCUUAAUUUAUAUAGGAAAAUCUAUGGAGAUUGUUCAUGGAAAAAGAAAGGGGAAAAAAGAAAGAGAAAAAGAACUAGCUGUCUUUAAAUUGCCUGGCCAUAAGCACCAAAAAUGAAGAGAAAAAUAUUAAUUAGUGUCGAAAAGCAAUUGUUGGAAGACUGUCACUUUAGUCGACC